AUGACCCUCCUAUGCUUCCAACCUGCCGCUACUGCUGCUGCCUCUCCAACCAACGAGACAGAUCGUGUGGCUCUACUCAAAUUCAAAGAAAUGAUACCCAAUGACCCAUUUAACAUCUUCACCUCUUGGAAUGAUUCCAUCCACUUGUGCAACUGGCAGGGAGUUACAUGCGGCCGCAAGCAUCAAAGAGUUACGGGCUUGGAACUAUCGGCCUAUACCUUAGGUGGAUCCAUAUCACCUUACAUUGGCAACCUCAGCUUUCUUAGUUUCGUCGACUUCUCAGGCAACUUCUUACAUGGCGAAAUUCCACAACAACUCGCUCAUCUCUUCCGGCUGAAACAUCUCAAUCUUAGCAGUAACUUGUUAGCAGGGGAAAUUCCAAGCAACUUUACCAACUGUCCUCAACUCAGAGUCCUGGACUUCCUAGGGAAUAAUCUUACUGGGAAUAUUCCUAUUGAGUUGGGCUCUUUAAAGAGGCUUGAGUUGCUUGACGUUUCCACAAAUCAUUUGACGGGAGGCAUCCCACCUUCUCUGGGAAAUGUUUCUUCACUCCAAGCACUUGACUUUUCGCUUAAUUAUUUCGUGGGAAAUAUUCCAGAUGAAAUAGGUCAUUUGCAAAGCUUAUUUUACUUCGGAGUUGUGGAAAAUGAUAUGUUUGGUACGUUCCCUUAUUCCUUUUACAAUAUAUCAACUCUGAAGAGCAUUGAAGUCGGAAGUAACCGACUUAAUGGCACUCUUCCAGCCAAUAUAGGCCUCACUCUCUCUAAUCUCCUAAACUUGAACAUCGGUUAUAACGAAUUCUCUGGUCCAAUCCCAGUUUCACUAUCCAAUGCUUCCCAGCUUGAAUUUCUCUAUCUUUCCGAAAACAAUUUCGUGGGACAAGUUCCAACUGAUCUAGGCAACCUGCUACAUCUCUCUCUUUUAGAUGUUGGUGAAAAUCUUAAUCUUGGAAGUAAUUCAGCCAAGGACUUAGAUUUCUUAACAUCUUUGGAAAACUGCACCAAGCUGGAAGUGCUAGCUUUUUCUCUUAACAAUUUUGGAGGUAGUUUACCUCAUUCUAUAGGAAAUUUGUCGAAGCAACUUAGUACUUUAUACAUGGGUGCCAAUCAAAUAUUUGGAACUAUUCCUAAAGCAUUAGAGAAUCUCAUCAACUUAAGUAUCCUCGACAUGUCGGAAAACCUGUUCACAGGUACCAUUCCCACUUAUUUUGGAAAGUUACAGAAGCUGCAAGAAUUGUCUUUGUAUGGAAACAUAUUGUCGGGGGAUAUACCAUCAUCUCUAGGCAACCUCACUCGAUUGGGCGAUCUUAAUUUAUAUCAGAACAAAUUGGAAGGGAGCAUUCCAUCAAGUUUUGGAAACUGCAAGAGUUUGCAGCUCUUAAAUAUUUCAAAAAAUAACCUUAGCGGAGCCGUACCCGAAACGAGUCUUUCUUCCCAAUUACUACGACUCGACUUAUCACAAAACUCGUUAACGGGCAUCCUACCUAUGGAAGUAGGCAAUUUGAAAAAUAUUUACUAUUUUGAUGUCUCUGAAAACAAUUUCCUUGGUGAGAUUCCUGAAACCAUUGGAAAUUGCUUGAGUUUGCAGAAUCUUUACUUGCAAGAUAAUUCGUUUGAAGGAAACCUUCCUCCAUCUUUGGCAUCCUUGAAAAACCUUCACUAUGCAAAUCUUUCACGAAACAACUUUUCAGGAAUAAUUCCCAAAGAUCUACAGAAAGUUUCUGUUCUACUGUAUUUGAAUCUUUCAUUUAACAAUUUGGUGGGGGAGAACUAA